AUUGCACAUUUGUAAGCAUCAACAGGACUAGCCAAACACGACGAGUUGUGAGAACCGGACCUUUCUUUUUGGCGGGCCUGGGCUGGCGUAGCUAAGCCAUAAAGAUGGAGGGCCUGGUGGCUCAGGUAGUGGCGCUUUCGAACCCCAAUGACAUCAACCAGCUACUCACCACGCUGAAGUCUUCCGAGGCGGUGUUUACCCAGAACUACCAGCACAUUGCGGCUGCCCUUCAAACUCUGGACCCCGUGCAGCAUUCCCUGGGCUUUGGGUAUUUCCUGUACUACCUGGGGAAAGGCAACUUGCAGGCCCCCGAUGUUGCCUUCAUCGACAACGCGGCUCGCUUCUUCACCCUUUGUGACCCGGCUCAGAUUCAGGCGGCGCCAGACGUCUUCUGCGCGGUUGCCAAGAAGCUGAAGGAGCAUGUGCUGGCUGCGGGAUCGCCGCGGCGGGGCAUUCUGCCGCUGCGUUGCGGUCUGCGCGCGCUGCAGCCGGCGCCCGAGGUGCUCACGCCGCUUCACGCCGACUUCUUCCAGCUCUGCCUGUUGUCGCGCUGCUACAACGCGGCGGCGGAGGUGCUGGGCCAGGACAUCUACGACGUGUCGCCCGCCGCCACCACCUGCACCCCCACCGACCUGUUCCUGUACUGCUACUACGGCGGCAUGCUGGCCAUUGGCCGCAAGCAGCACGCUCGCGCCCUGGAGCUGCUGCUGCAGGCGCUGACGGCCCCGGCGGUGGUGGGCAAUGCCAUCGUGGCGGCGGCCUACAAGAAGUACGUGUGCGUGUGCCUCAUACACGCAGGCCAGCUGCUGCCGCUGCCCAAGUUCACGUCCAGCUGUGUUCGGCACAUGGUGGAGGCCGAGGCGCGGCCCUACGCCGACCUCGCCGCCGCCGCCGCCGCCCGACAGCCGGAGCGGCUCAGGCGCGUAGCGGACCAGCACGCGGCGGUGUUCGCGGCGGACGGCAACCUGGGACUGGUGAAGCAGGUGGUGGCCAGCCUGACGGUGCGCUCCGUGCAGCGCCUCACGCAGACCUUCCUCACGCUGCCGCUGGCCGACAUCGCCGCCAGCGCCGGACUGGCGGGCGCAGCGGAGGCGGAGGAGCACAUACUGCGGAUGGUGGCGGCGGGUCAGAUCCACGCCAAGAUCGACGGCCGCACCGGCAUGGUGCGGUUCGCGGACGAGACGCGCUCCUCCGGGCAAGCGGGCAGCAGCUCGGCGGCGGCGGCGGGCGGGUCGUGGGACAACGUGGCGGGCGUGGCGGCGCUGGACGAGAGGCUGCGCCAGGUGCUGGAGCUAAACAAGCGGCUGCAGCAGGCGCACGACAUGGUGUCUCAAGACCGGGCCUACCUGUCCAAGGUGACGGCGCGCGAGCGAUCCAAGUACGACCUGGGAGGCGGCGGCGGCGGGCUGGGAGGCAGCCAGGGCGCGGGCGGCAGCCAAGGGCUGGGGCUGGGGCUGGGUGGCGACGGUGACUUCGGGCCCUUCGCCGCGGGCGGCGGCAUGUGAGCAGCUGGUGGGGGGAACGCGGUAGUGGUGCUGGGGGUGGGGGUGCUGGGGCUGGCGUGGGAGAGUGUGUUGUGGCAGGCGUGGCUGUGUGUUUGGUGUGGUGGGUGCCGUGCUAGGCCGGCUUGAUGCGGGUUGCUGAUGUAGGACAGGGACGGGGCGAGGGAAGCGAGGCUCGAUCGGUCGUUGCUGCGCGUGCUCGGGUCCUGCUUUGGUUGCGGCGUUGGUUGCGAAGGCGGCGCGGGGUCGGGUGCGGGGAGCCCGAACGGGGGCAGGAGGGGGCGGAGGAAGCGGCAGCGGGGCCGGCUUGCAGGUUCGUGGGUGCACCCCACCCGGGCGGCGACGUGCGCAGAGGUAGAGAGGAAGUGCGUAGUGGCCUCUGUGGCAUGGCUUGUGAAGCGUGUGCGACCGUGGCCACCCGAGUGUGGCUUGCGUGCACUCGCGUGCCGUCUUCUGGAGUGCCGUACGUUUGCUGCAAACACCGAAGGCCGGCAGCAAGGGUAAGGCGGAAGUGCGCGAAUUGACUUUCCCGGCCUUUGGGGACUCGGAGCUGCCAGUAGUGAGCAGGGGAGGUCCGUUCCCUGGUAACAACACACAAUCCGGAAAAGCGCGUGCUGCUGCUGCUGGCGGGAACAGGGAUGCAUACAGGUUACAGAUAGGGGGGGGCGGAUGCCUGGGGGCUGCUGCAUAGGCCGUGUGUAUCACACACGCGUCAAGUAGCAUACGUGCAUCUGCUGCCAUACGGUUCACGGUGAUGGCCGCAGCAGCCCCGGGGCUAGCUCAGUAGCACUUCAGCACUUCAGUACUUCACACAGAUCAGUUCUGGAGUCUCCUGUCAUGGCAUGCAAGGCUGCAGGGCACCCUGUGCCGCCUCCGCCUGUCAGGGUAGGCGUCUUUGUAAGACAGCACCCCUACACCGCCCCCUCCAUCACCCAGUCACCCAGUCACAAGUCGCGCAGCUUGCCUCAACAUGCACGUGCAAUCAGAAGCUCCCAACAGACCAGCAUCACACACAUACACAUACACACACGCCGUUUGAGAUGGGCUUUAUGCAUACACAUACAGUACCGAUAUUGCAUGCACAGUC